GAAGGCAGCAAAGGAUGGUCAGACGACCAGCUUGUUAUGUUUAAUGUUGUUCAUGUGCCGAAUAUGGGGGGAUUUAAAGCAAUACAGAUGUCGUGUUGGCGGAAGGGAAUGUGACCACUGGUGUGUGACCAGACACGACUCUCCCCGAUACUAAGUGUGACGGGACCCUCUUUUAACGUUUGUAGGUCAGUCGUUUAUAAUAAAGCAUGGCUGCUAUGCGCAGACGCGUCAAGUGGGACCACAGUGUAAUAUCAGAUAACACAGGUUAGAUAACGGAAGAGAAUGUAUCGACAUAUCUACACAACUGACGGAUACACCUGGAACCACCCCCGGUUCUGUUUUGGCCGAUUGGCUUAUACGAAUCGAUUCGAGGUGUAUGCCACUGUGAAGACAUUUGACGAGCAGACGACAUAAAUGCGGAAGUACUCAGGCCGUUGUGUAAACUUGUGAAAUUUGAAAACCGAUGUGGCAAUGGCAACUCUCCCAGCAGACCUCCGCAAAUCAAGAGGCAGUAUUAUUCCUCAAGAACAGGGUCCAGGACAUCAAGACCGUCAGGGAAGUAAGCUUGUUCCUAGACCGUUGAGCGACUCGAAGCAAUUCCAUGCCUACUUCUGUCAGGAUAAUCUCGAUUCCAUUUGGACGAGAAAGCUCAUUGAUGAAUUGGAAGGGAGUCAUGGCUUUAAAUGUGCCGAGUACCACAGGGACUUGGUGGUAGGAGAAAGGGUUCUAGAUUUAAUGACUAUGUUCAUUUUCACAUCGGAUAGAAUCGUCUUUAUUCUAUCUGAGAAUUUUCUCAAGUCGAAUUAUGCCAUGUAUCAACUUCAGCUGGCCGUGCAGUAUGACAUUGACCACGACACAAACAACAUAGUGGCACUCCACGUGGACGAGUGUAGAGUGCCGUCAGAGCUGUUGACAUUUCAGAUCAUUGACACAAAGUCUGACGGAUGGAAGGACAAAUUUAUGGACUAUUUGAAGAAACCGGCACCGAAGAUGCCAAACCAAAUAUGCACGAACGGAACACAUGUGAGUGUGCAGGACCUGUGCAUGACCCAGAGAUCAGUGAUGUCCGACCCGCCCACACUCAGGCCAACCUUACAAAUCCCAGAAUAUAUCAGGAUGCAGAUAAAGAUAUGGCACAAGAGUAAAUCUAUGGAUGACAAUCACCUCAGAAAAGCAGUAUUAUUGGAAUCUUCUCACAGAAUGAUUCAGCUGGUUCCGACUUCGGACCUAAAACAUCCACCAACAGGCGGGCCAAACUCACUGGAAGCUGACGAUAGGCUCGCUGUUGAGUACCAUGCAGAUCAGGUGACCAAAUCACAGGCUACAUUGUUGCAUGCCCUCAACAUACACGUAAAGGGGAAAUUCGUGUACGAGGCGAGAGAGUCACGGCUGACUGACAAUGAGGAUGAACUGAACGUUGAAGAAGGAGACGUGUUAGAAAUGUUACACGAUGAACCCACUCAUGGUAAUAUGUACAAGUGUAAAAAUGCUCAUGGACAUGUUGGAUUUGUACCUAAUUCGCUAAUGUUGCCAUCUUCCUAUUUGCUCCCCUCUCGAAUUGUAAAACAGUUCAAACAAGCAAUAUCAGCUUCUGAAAAUGAAAUGUUCAGAAAGGAAAUUGAGCAACUUGGAAUUUCCUACUUCGUUGCCAGGAGCUGCGUCGAAAAAACCCGUGGAGAUAUUAUAAAUUUAUCUGUUAAAAAUGGGGAUGUCUUGCUACAACAAACAACACCAAACGCAGGUCGUGCGAUCUUCAAGAAUUGUCGUAAUGAAACAGGCUACCUGCCUGUGUCGUUUGUGGAUUGUGUAAAUGUCCCGAAGCCUCCUUUAGCAUCUCGAGUAUCGGAUCUGUCCAAUACUUCAAUUGGUAGUGAGGGUUAUGCAUCAGAGGCAAGCGAUGUGUCUUCGUCCACCGCGUAACAGUGUCA